AUGAUGCAUGCUGCCACUUCCAGGGCUGACAAGGCUGAGAAACCUCGCAUUCCCAAAAUAAACUGGUCAGCAAAUAAUUCCGCCACCAUCUGGACCCUUCUGGCCAAGAUUGAGAAGAGCGAAAACUAUCGCGUUCUUUAUGGGAAAAAGGAUGUGGCCGAGAAUACGAGUGGUGAAACAAAGGAGGGCUUUAUUGUCCCCCACAGAUUCCUGCAGGAUUCCUGA